AUGUCGCUUUUAGCCAUAGGAUCAAAUGAUGUUCGCAUUAUUGGGAUUUGUGGGAUGGGGGGUAUUGGUAAGACAACUCUUGCUAGAGUUGUUUAUGACAAGGUUUUUAAUGAAUUUGAAGGUGGUUGUUUUAUCGCUAAUGUUAGGGGUGGAUCUGAAAAAUGUGAGUUACUUCCAUUACAACAGAAACUUAUUUGUGAGAUUUUGAGGGAGGAUAGUGUGAAUAUAAGGGAUGAUUAUGAUGGAGUUCAUAUGAUCAAGAAUAGGUUAUGUCAUAAAAAGGUUCUUCUUGUUCUUGAUAAUGUAAAUCAAUUCAAUCAGCUAGAAAAGUUAGUUGGGGACUCUAAAUGGUUUGGUUUAGGUAGUAGAGUCAUCAUAACAACAAGAGAUGAACAUUUGUUGACAAGGCAUAAGGUACAUGGAAUAUAUGAGGCUCAAGAAUUGAAUGAUUAUGAGGCUCUUCAUCUUUUUAGUUUGAAGGCCUUCAAUAAAUAUCAUCCUCCCAAAGAUUAUCUAGACUUGUCCACAUCUUUUGUAGACUAUGCUAAAGGUCUUCCUUUACCUAUUGAUGUUUUGGGUUCUUUUUUGUAUGACAGGAGUAAGGAGGAAUGGGAAGAUGCAUUAGAUAUGAUGAAAGAACAUCCUAAAAAAGAAAUUAUUGAAAUACUUGAAAUAGGUUUUGGUGGACUUGAGCAUACAGAACAAGAAAUAUUUCUACAUAUCGUAUGUUUCUUCAAUAUGAAGCAAAAAGAUUAUAUGGUAGAAAUACUUGAUUGUCUUGGCCUUCACCCUAAAAUUGGAUUAAAGGUUCUCAAUGAAAGGUCUCUCUUAAAAUAUUAUGGAAAUACAUGUUGGAUGCAUGACUUACUACAAAAAAUGGGACAAGACAUAGUUCGUCGAAAUUAUCCCGAAGAACCUGGAAAGUGGAGAAAAUUGUGGCUAUACAAGGACAUUCGCAAUGUGUUGAUGAAAAAUACGGAAAUGGAAGCAACUCAAGGACUUGUCCUUAAAUUUGGUGAACUACAUAAAUUAGAAAACGCACAUUGGAAUCUUGAAGCCUUUUCAAAGAUGCCUAACCUUCAAUUGCUUAUGAUUCAUGAUAUUAAACUUCAGCAUGGCCCCAAACAUCUUCCUAAUAACUUAAGACUUCUUGAUUGGAGUGGGUAUCCUUCAAAAUCUUUGCCAUCAAAUUUUGAACCACAUGAGCUUGUUGGGCUUCACUUGUUGGAUAGUAAAAUUGAACGGCUUUGGAAAGAUAAAAAGUGCUUGGACAAUUUAAAGUUCAUUAAAUUGAACAAUUCCUUAGACCUCAUUGCAACCCCUGACUUCACCAAAGUUCCCAAUCUUGAGAAACUAGUUUUUAAUGGUUGUAUAAAGUUACGUGAGGUUCACCCGUCUAUUAUGGUUCAUAGAAGGCUUACUCUUCUUGAUCUAGAAAACUGCAAAAGCCUUAGAUGUCUUCCAAGCAAGUUUGAAAUGGAGUCUCUUGAAAUUCUCAUUCUUUCUGGUUGUUCAAAAAUCAAGAGAAUUCUAGAAUUUAUGGGAAAUAUGAAACGCUUAUCAAAACUUCACUUAAAUGCCACUGCAAUUACAAAACUUCCCUCUUCAAUUGAACAUUUGAUUAACCUUGAUUCAUUGCAUUUAAGAGAUUGCAAAAAUCUUGUGUGUCUUCCUAGUAUCAUCUGUAGCUUCAAGUCACUUAAAGAUAUUAAUUUGGUUGGAUGCUUGAAGAUUGACGGUCUACCGGAGAAGCUAUGGAAUGUUGAAAGUCUAGAGAAGCUCAAUGCAAGUGGAAUUACUUUAAGAAAGCCGCCUUCCUCGGUUGUUACGUUAGAGAAUCUUAAAGAACUAUCUCUUCGGGGAUGUAAAGGGCCACCACCUAAUAUAUGGAAUAAGCUUUUCCCCGUGGAUUUAAUGCUAAGAAGAAGCAUAAAUCUUGUGAGCUUGUUAUUGCCUUCCUUUUUAGGUAUGCAUUCUUUAAAGAGAUUGGACCUUAGGGACUGUAAUCUCCAAAAAAUCCCUAAUGAUAUUGGAAACUUAUCCUCUAUAACCAAUUUAUAUCUAAGUGAAAAUCACUUUAGUUGCCUUCCUGAAAGUAUGGUGCAACUAUCUAAACUGAAGUGUAUUGAUUUAAACAAUUGCACAAGACUUCGUUCAUUGUCACAAUUGCCAUCAACGAUUUCUGAGGUUGAAGCAAAUGGUUGUACCUCAUUGGAAACAUUUCCAAAUGGAUUUAAAUCACAUGACAUAUAUACAAGUCUUUUCCUCAUCAAUUGCUUCAAAUUGGCUGGUCAGAGUGACAUGUUUUCUAACGUGCUGGGAAUGCUAUUGACAGCUCAUGAGGAAAUCUGCAAGAAAUCUAUAAAAUUCCACAACGAUGGUGUCUUUAAUAUUGUGAUUCCUGGGUGUGAAAUUCCGAAAUGGUUUACGCAUCAGAGUGUGGGGGAUACAGUCAUUGCACAAGUUACUCAUCAUAACGAAAAUAAGUGGAUUGGAAUCACUGCUAUCGCCUUAGAUCUGUUAAGAUUAAAUCAGAUCAACUUUGGAUGUCCUAUAUUCCCUCUCAAGUGUUUAGUGAGUAUGAGAGAGCAAAAUUGGAUCAAAUUGAUGAGAAUGGAUUCAUACAGAUGGAGGUUAGAUUUGGAUGGGAUAAUCCAAACAUGUGUUUUCAUCAAGUAG